AUGAGCAACGAGCAGCCCAACGUUGAGCAGGGCAUUGAUUACUGGAACACACAGCCUGCGACCUACGACGGUGUUCUCGGCGGGUUCGGCACAGGGUCCCUCCCCCGCGUCGAUGCCCUCGGCUCACGCCUCUUCCUCCUCAACCUCUUCCCCGAGCUCUGUAUUGUCCCCUCGGCUUUCCGUCGCCUCAAUGCACCAGCAGACCAGCCCAGAGCCCGUGCUCUCGAUGUGGGGGCAGGGAUCGGGCGCGUAACGAGCGAUGUGCUCCUUCCUCUCGUCUCAGAUGUCGUCAUCCUCGAGCCAGUCGAUGCCUUCGUCCAGGAAGCACUGCUGCGCGCGCGGAAUAGCGCCUCGAACCCAUCCAAGGGCGCCUGGCCAGGCCUCGCAGAUCAGUCGAAGAGCGUCACCAUCUUGCAAGGCACCCUGCAAGAUUUUCAUCCUUUGAGGCCACAUCAUGCCCGCUUUCUAGAUCGCGUCGGAUAUCAAUCACCAAACCCUGUAAAGGAGAUUGGGCUCGGAUUCGACGUCAUAUGGUGCCAAUGGUGUUUAGGCCAUCUCACCAACGUUGACCUCAUCGCGUUUCUACGACGCUGUUGCAAGUCCCUCAGCAGGAACCCAAGAAGCCUGAUCGUGGUCAAAGAAAACCUCUGCCCCAACGGUCCAGGGAAUACUCCAACCGAGAUAUUUGAUGAGCAGGAUUCUAGCCUCACUAGAUCGGACCUCGCGUGGAAAGCGUUCUUCGAGCAAGCAGAGUUACGGCUGAAUAUUGAAGGGGCACGCGGUCUCAGCUGCGUAAUGUUGAACGUCAAGGUCGUCUACUCUACACAACAGCCUCGACGAGCGCAUGCUGGGUUGUACAGCUAG